AUGGCGCACAUCCAUGAGUGUCCUACGGAACUCUUGCAACUCAUCUUCCAGGAUGCCUGUUCCGACGAUCCUCGUGCAUGCUGCUCUCUCAGACUUGUCGACCGCCGCAUAUCCGCCGCUUGCGUCCCCUUCACCCACGUCGCCGUAUCAGGGGAGAAGCGAAUCCGAGCGUUACUUCGCGCUUUGAAGACGAGCGAUCCCUCAAUCACGACGAACAUCCAACGUUUGUCCAUAAGCGACAGGAUACGCGAAGAGGCCGACGACCGCUUCGAUUACAUCAUGACCUUCGGCUCUUGCAUCGUCGAUGAGGAGGAAGACGCGCAUGAUGAGGCGGUCAUGGAGAGACACCUCGACGAGGCCGAGAGGCUCGAGAAGCUUGUAGCUGGGAUCCUUCGCCGCGUCGCCCCACGCGUCACUUCACUGUGUAUACUCUCCUUCAACCCGGAGUUCACAGGAGUCCUCGGUUGCUUCGGUGACCUCGCAUUCCCGCUGCUCACGGACCUCACACUACGCUUUACACCCCGGACACGCAUGGACGGCGCAUGGCGCGCGGCGAUGCCAGACCUUCGCGCGUUCACAUGCCGAUUCUCGUCACGCAGCAGAGACAACGCAUCGACCGGGCCCCGACUCCUCAAUUCCCUUGCAGAGGGAGGGAAGCUGACCAAGGUCAUACUUCCGGACUAUGAGCCUAAGCCUCAGUCCAACUCCGUCGUGCGCGAUCUAUGCGCGAAGAACGGCCCGUGUCAGCUCAAGUACUUGGAGGUACAUCCCGUCGGCACGAUCAAUGUGGACGAAAUAUUCUACUUUGGGCAUUGGCUCGACAAGAGGGCGUUGAUUGAUCUGCAGAGCAUGAGCGCAGACGGGAGCAUGACUCUGGUGGUCGAACGACACAUAGAGGACAUGGCAUCAUACGAUACAUGGAAGAAGCGGUGGAGAUCCCAGCGUUGA